GUAUGUCAUUGUACUUGCUUCGAGGGGACUCAUCAUGUCUAAGAAAGGUUAGUGGACCGUUCCUACGUUUUGUUUUCGUUUGUUGGUUUGCUUUGUUCCUUUGUGAAUGGCGAAGAAAGAAGUAGUUGCUAUUGAUGAGGGUGAUGUUUAUAGCUGGGUUAAUAGUGAUGUUAGGGGUCGUGUCUCUGUUUUUAGUAAUGAUGAACUUGUGAAACAAUUGAAUGAAGCUAAUUGGGUGAGGCAUGGUCAGGAAUUGGAGGUUAGGUUUCUUCCUUGUUAUGAAAAUGAUAGGGUUUGUGAUAAGAGGUCUGAUUGAAGUUACUUUUAUAUGUAUACAUGUUUGUUGACUGAGCUUGGCGUGCAUUUUCCCUUUACAGACUUCGAAUGUGGGGUUUUACAUCAGUUGAACUGUGCUCCGACACAGCUUCACCCAAACUCAUGGGCAUUUGUCAGAGCUUUUGAGUGUCUGAUGGAUUAUUUAGAAUGUUAUCCUUCAGUUGGUUUGUUUUUUUCUUUGUUCCAGGCUAAGGGUGUUCGUAAGGGUGGUUGGGUAAAUCUUAAUGGUCACCCGGGUCGUGGGAUUUUUUCCUUGUACAAACAAUCUUUUAAAGAUUUUAAAGAAAUGUUUGUUAAGGUGCAGAUUGUUGAUGGUUUUUAUCCGUUUUUCUUGGAUUCUCUGCUUGAGGAGAGGUUUCCUAUCUUUUGGUCAUCGGAGCCUAAUCAGAUUUUAGAUUGUGAGAAUAGGGUUGCAAGUGAAGAGUGUUUGUUAAAUUUUUUGCUGUCUGUAAUGUCAUCAUCUUCUUUACUUUCUAUUUCUGCUCUUCUGGGGCUUGAAGGUGAUAAGGAGGCGUUGGAAGAAUAUUUAGGUGAGAAAACUUCCACUCUUACUAAGGCCAAUUUGAAGGCUUUUGUUUCUAAAACUAAAAGGAAAGAGAAAGAGGGGUCAUCUACUAACUUGGUGAACGAGGGUAAAGGAGGUGUGGGGAAGCAUGAUGGAAGUUUUAAGAGAAAAAGGGGGAUUCAGCAAGGGUUAUGGAUCUUACUGGGUUGAAAGAGGGUUUUGCUGCUUUUACGCCUGAGGAGAUUAGUGCAGCUCAUGAGAGCCAAGUGAUUCUUCAUGGUUAUAAGGAAGGUCCUCGCAACUCUCUUUGGUCCUCUGGUUAUCCUUUUAUGGCUGUUGCUGAUGAGGUUGCUCAAGUGAUUCAUGAUGCUGGCAAGGUUGGGAUUGCUAGAUAUUUGCAGGUGAUUGGGGCUAGGCUUCUUUCUAUAGGUCGGACUACUGAGUUGGAUGCCAUUUUGGAGGGGGAUCAGGUUGCAGCAAUUAAGGGGUUGAAAAAAUCUUUGGAGGAUAGGGAUGCUCGGGUGGAGAAGUUGAAGACGGAAGUAAAGGUUCUGAAAAGAGAAAGUGCAGAAUGCUAAGAGUGAGCUUCAGAAGGUUAGGUGUGAUCUGGAGUCAAAGGUUGAGGAAACCGAAAAGGCAAAUGCUCGAAUUCUUGAAUUACAAGAGGAGGUUUUGUUAGCCUUUACUUUUGGCUUUGAUCGUGCUGUAGCUCAGAUAGGAGUUUUUUUUCCUUCUUUUGAUGUUAAUAAGUUAGAUGUUAUAAAAGUUGUUAAUAAUGGGUGUUUGCUUGAUGAUGAGGCUAUGUCCGAGAAGGGGGACGAGAGUGCCUCUGUUGGGAAAGCAGAUUGAAGACUGAAGAUGUUUAGAAUAUUUUGGCUAAGUUUUAUUUGUAAGGCGUGUUGUUUCUGUGUCUUCGAAAGACUGAGUAGUAUCUGAUUGACUUAUAACUUGCUAUGUCUUUAUAGACCUUGUUUUUA